CAGGCUUAGGUGUCGCUAUACAUAUAAUCAGUGUAACUUUUACUACAUUUUCCGAAUGAUAAUUUUACUCAGAUCAAGAGGCUUACAAAUCCUAAGAACAGAAUGGGAAAAUUAUCAGUGUUUGGAAUUACAUUGGAAGGGAACAGAACAGUAUAUUUCCCAGGCGAUUUCAUCAAAGGACAAGUAUUGAUUCAAGUAACUGAGCCAAUGAAGAUGAAAGCUAUUAAAAUCAUGUGCGUCGGCAGAGCAUACGUUCAUUGGACUGAAACACGCACAACAGGAUCAGGCGAAAAUCAACGAACCGAAACUGAAAAUUAUUCUGAAACUGAGAACCUAUUCGAACAGACUAUCAUCGUACACGGAGAAGGCGCCAAUGAACAGACUAAUCUUUCACAAGGACAGCACGUGUUUCCAUUUCAGUAUCAAUUGCCGACACCACUUCCGUCGUCUUACGAAGACGGCAUUGGAUACAUCAGAUACUGGGUGAAAGGAACAAUUGUAAAACCAUGGAAAUUCGAUAAAUAUACAACGCAAGUGUUUACUGUUCUUGAUACAUUGGAUCUGAACAACAUUCCAAAUAUAUCUACUCCUUCUGGAAAUUCAGACACAAAGACUCUUUGCUGCUGGUGUUGUACCAGUGGACCGAUCGAGGCAGAAUUUCACACUGACAGAUCUGGUUACGUUCCAGGGGAAUAUAUUUUGAUCAAUGCUGCCAUCACUAAUUCUAGUUACAGCAAAGUUAAAUACACGUCCGCAAUGUUAAUGCAAAAUGUGACGUAUCACGCAACAACCAAGACAAGGAUUGAUUCCCGAGUUGUCAACACAAUAAUGGGGCCUGGAGUUGAUAAACGUGCGACUGAAAACUGGACUAACAAAAGACUUCAUAUUCCCCCUCUACCCCCAUCUGAAUCACUACACUGCAGAAUUAUUGACAUAACUUAUUCUGUGAUUUUCCAGGCUCACCUAAGAACAUGUGCCGUAGACAUGCGUUUAUACGCGCCAAUCACAAUAGGAACCAUUCCUAUUCGCAGUUUACAAAUGUAUAGGAACCCGCCCCCGUCAAUUGGUAACCAACGACUUGCCGUUGCACCAAGCGCUCUUCCAAUCCACAAUUUUCCACCCAACACCUCGCCAAAUCCAGAGCAAGCAACAAGCGCUUAUCCUACGCGGGGAACUUUUUAUUCGCCCCCUCCCUCGUACCCGUCAGCAACCGGGGGUGGAGCAAUAAUAAAAGAUGACGAUUAUGGAUAUACAAUGGGAGACACAUCUUUCACGCCUCAGUAUACUUACUACGAUUGGAAUCAAUCGACUUUCACUUCCAAUAAAUAAGUGCUUGACGACAGAAUUUUAUUUAUAGUUCUUAUAAAUAAUAGUGACGCUUGAAAAGAACUCAAAGAGAAUUGAUGUAUUUAGCUGUUUAUACUUAUAUUUUAUAUAUAGAAAGGAAUUCUUACAUAAGAAGAAUUCUCACAACCGGUGUCAAAGAAUGAUAUUUACAAAAACUAUAUAUAUGUCAUCACACAGAGGGUCUAUAUGUAAUUUCGGGCACUACAUACACUCCCGAAUUAAGCAAUAUUUUGUUAAAAAUAGAAUAGAAAAUCAAAUUUAAGAUCAGGCAAGAAGAAUAUUGAACUUAUGAAUCAUUACAACUAAUCUUUGUUCUAGAUACCCAAUAUUUCAACCCAAAUAUACUGCAGUGGUUUUAUUUUAAUUGAGGGACAAACAACGGAUAUUCGUUACAGAUGAUUGUACUUUUUCGAAAAUUUAUACAUUCUUAUCCAUUGGAUGAAUUUUACAAAGCGUAUUGCGUAUCUAUAUUUACAUAAAUUCUUGUUAAGCUUAA